AUGGCUCAUCUUGCAACCGCCGCCUUCUUCCGCCCCGCGGAAUGGGACAAGCAGUCCGGCGUCAUCAUGGCCUGGCCGGCCGCCGCCAACAACGCCUACCUCGACGACAAGCAGGGCCUCAAGGACGUGACCAAGGACAUCACCACCAUCGCCGAAGCUGUAGCGAUGUUUGAGCCCGUCACGCUCGUCGUCACACCGGAGCGUCUUAAAGACGCCGAGUCGCGCUUCAAGCGCGCCAAAAACAUCACGCUCCUCCCCGUCGACGGCUAUCCUAAGCUCGACCUGUGGAUGCGCGACAUGGCGCCAACUUUUGUAGUAAAUGACGACGACCGAGACGCCAAACUCCACGCCGUCGACUUCAACUUCAACGGGUGGGGAAACAAAUACCCCACGGGCACCAACAACUCACUCGCGGGAAUCAUUGCCGCCCUCAGGAACAUCCCCGCUGUCCAGUCGUGGCUCGUCACCGAGGGCGGCUCCCUGGAGGUCGACGGCGACGGCACGCUGCUCAUCACCGAGAGCUCCGUGCUCAUCGACAACCGCAACCCGGGCCGGGACAAGACGCAGGUUGAGGAGGAGAUCUACCGCACGCUCGGCGUGGAAAAGAUUAUAUGGCUGCCCGGCCGCCGCAACCUCGACAUCACCGACGGCCAUGUCGACGGCCUCGUGCGCUUCGUCGCGCCGGGCAAAGUACUCCUGAGCCGACCGAGCAGCACCGAGGAUGGCAGCGACGCGUUUGUGCAAAUGUACCAGGAGGCAUACGAUAUCCUCGCAAGCACGACUGAUGCGCGCGGGCGGCGGUUCCACAUCACAGAGGUCGGCGAGGCGGACCUGGGCAAGCUGGACAUUGGCCGGCGGGCGCGCAAGGAAAUUGAGAGCGGAAAGGAGGACUAUCCGUCGCUGACGUAUGUGAAUUACCUGGUGGUGAAUGAUGGCGUCAUUUUCCCACAGUUUGGCGAUAAAAAGUCAGACAAGGCCGCUCUCAAGAUUAUUCAAGACUUGUAUCCUCAGCGAGAGAUUGAGCCAGUGUACAUUUACGAGUUGCCCUUUUACGGCGGAGGGAUCCACUGCUCGACGCAGGAGAUUCCUGUUCCAAAAAAUUAA